ACAGAGGCUAAAAUACCCAAACGAAUUCAUGGUGUUGUUGUAGCCUCCAGCUUCCAUAGAUUGAUUGCAUCAUAAAUUGUAGCAGAGCUGUGGUGCGAUAGAUCUGAAUCGGAGAUUACAUUCUCACUCUCUGCCAAAAAUGUCGUCUCAAAGAUUCUUGAAGACUGUGAAGAAAGUCUUCCCCGCAAACCACACCUCUAAUCCAAAUCAAGAAACAGCCAAUUUGAUAUCCAAAACCCUAAUCAACUCAGCCUCAAAUCCCCUCCAUUUCACCCCGUUUAUCAUCUCCAAUCUCAAUCCCCAAACAACCCACCUUGUUCUCUCAAACCCACAUCUCCCAAUCCAAUCUUGCUUCCACUUCUUCAAUUUCCUCCAAACAAACCCAUCUCUCACUACCCACAAGCCCAAUCUUCAAGCCCACUUAACCCUUGUUUGCCGCCUAUUCAAAUCCCGGAACUUCAUCGAAGCCAAGAAAGUAUUGAACAAUGUUGCAAUUGAUGAUGAUCUUAGAAACCCAGUUUUGGAAAUUGCUUCUUUGGUGGCACAAGAUUGCAAAGAACCCAGGAUUGUUGUGAAGCUGUUUGAUAUGUUGUUUAGAGUUUAUGCUGAUAAUCAAAGGUUUCAAGAGGGUUUAGAGGUGUUUGAGUACAUGAAAAACAAUGGGUUUGAGAUUGAUGAGAGGUCUUGUAUGGUUUAUUUACUUGCACUGAAGAGACAUAAUCAAGUUGAGCUAUUGCUUGAUUUCUUUCACCGGAUGGUCGAGUCUGGUGUGAGAAUCACUGUUUAUUCAAUGACUACGGUGAUUGAUGGCAUGUGUAAGCUAGGAAAGGUUGAUAAAGCUAGAGAAUUGAUGAAUGAAAUGGUUGGUAAAGGGACUAAACCCAAUGCAUAUGCAUUUAAUACAUUGUUAGAUGCAUAUAUAAAGAAAUCGGAUUUUGAGGGAAAGAAGGACAUAUUGGGAGCAAUGGAGAAGGAAGGAGUGGCAUACAAUGCAGCAACGUAUACCCUUUUGAUUCAAGGGUUGUCAUGCUCAAGCUCUGGCAAGAUUGAAGAAGCAGAGAAGCUGUUUGAUGAUAUGCGUGAGAAGGGUAUAGAGGCCGAUGUUCAUGUGUACACUUCGUUAAUAAGUUGGAACGGUAGGUUAGGAAAUAUGAAAAGGGCAUUUCAAUUGUUCGAUGAAUUGACUGAAAGAGGCAUUGUACCAAAUGCACAUGCUUACGGGGCUUUGAUUAAUGGAUUGUGCAAGGCGGGCCAGAUGGAAGCAGCAGAAAUUUUGUUGAACGAGAUGCAAAGCAAAGGGAUUGACUUGAAUCGAGUGAUAUUUAACACGUUGAUAGACGGGUAUUGUAAGAAAGGGAUGAUCGAUGAAGCAUUGAGGUUGCAAGUUGUGAUGGAGAAGAAAGGACUCGAGGCAGAUGUAUUUGCUUAUGACAUAAUGGCUACAGGGUUAUGUAAAUUGAACCGGUAUGAGGAAGCAAAGAGGUUGUUAUGCUCAAUGGUGGAUAAGGGUGUUUCACCAAACACAGUGAGUUUCACCACUUUGAUUGAUAUACAUUGCAAAGAAGGAAAUUUUGUUGAGGCUAAGAGGCUAUUUAGGGAGAUGGAAAUUAAAGGCAUUACGCCUAAUGUUGUGACUUACAAUGCUUUAAUAGACGGGUAUAGCAAGAAAGGGAUGAUGAAAGAAGCCUGUAAGCUAAGAGAUGAGUUGGGAGCGAAGGGGUUGACGCCAGACGUUUAUACAUACACAUCACUUGUGCACGGAGAAUGUAUAGCUGGAAAUAUAGAUGAUGCAUUGAAAUUGUUCAAUGAAAUGCCACUGAGGGGGUUAGUUCGAAGUCUUGUGACUUACUCUGCAAUGAUUUCAGGCUUGUCAAAGGAGGGGAGAUCGGAUGACGCUUUUAGAUUGUAUGAUGAGAUGAAAGAGGCGGGUCAUACACCUGAUGAUGCUGUAUACACUUCACUUGUGGGAAGCCUUCAUGCAGUCGGUUCUUAAUUUUACAUGGUUCCACCGGCAAAUGGAUUGUCUUUCGACUCAGUUUUGUUGUAGAGAUGCUCAUCCACAAUGUACAUGCAAAUCCACCCAGAUCGCAAAUUUUGUUUUAGGGAAAAGCUCUAUAAGUAAAAACUUUCCCAGCCACCAAUUGUUGUAAAUUUGGCAUGCUUAUCCACAACUUCCUGAUGCUCUAGAAAAGUGUCUUGAAUAGUUAAAUUGUUCUCGGUAUCAAUUAUGCGUGUUGUGUGAGGAGUUCUACUUGCAAUUUAGAGGCCUAUAUAUAAAAACCUUUUUCAUUAUCACAGCAAAUCCUCAAAAAAACUUGUAUUAAAUAAAGUACAUACUUCAACUUUCUUGUGCUAGAACUUUGGCCUGUAAACACGAAAGUGAUCCAUGCUCCUUUGUAAAGAUUAGUGAAAUCAAAUGUUGUUUGCAUUUUACAGCUU